UUUAUGAUGGCCUCUUACUACUGUACAAUCAUUGCUUGGGCUGCCUUCUACUUGGGCAACUCAUUUUGGUCACCAUUGCCUUUUUAUACCCCAAAUCUAUUUAAUUUUCAGCCUUUUACAAAUUUUCUUUUGUAUUAUUUAGGAGUGGGAAUUGGCAAUAUUAUUUUGUCUUUUUGGUGCAUCUCCUAUUUUUGUGUUAUUGUCUCUUGGGCUGCUUUUUAUAUGAUUAGCUCAUUUUCCAGCACUUUUCCUUGGGAGACUUGCGACAAUUAUUGGAACAAAAAGAAUAUUUGCGUUGAAACAAAUAUGCCUGGAGGCAAUGUGACAACAACAAACACUUCGCUAAUUAGCAAUAGAACUGUUGAAUCGUCUGUUGAGCAAUAUUGGGAAUAUCGUGUCCUUCAGCAAACAUCAACAAUUUCUGACCUUGGAGGUAUUCAAUGGGAAUUGCUUGGAUUAACUUUUCUUUCAUGGGCUGUUGUCUAUUUUGCUUUGUGGAAGGGGAUAACUCAAGCGAGAAAGUUUGUCUAUUUCUGUGCAAUUUUCCCCUAUAUUCUUAUUGCUGUAUUGCUUGUUCGAGGAUUGACUUUGCCUGGUGCUGGGGAAGGCAUUAAAUUUUAUUUGAUGCCAAAUAUUACCAAACUCAAAGAAAUUACAGUUUGGAAAGAUGCUGGCACUCAAGUUUUCUAUAGUUAUGGUGUUGGAUUUGGAACGCUUAUUGCUCUUGGCUCCCAUAAUAGAUUCUACCAUAAUUGCUUUCGUGAUGCAAUCCUCGUUUGUUUCAUUAAUGGAACAACUUCAAUUCUUGCUGGAUUUGCCAUUUUCUCUAUCCUUGGCUAUAUGUCUUUUAUAACUGGAAAAGAAAUUAAGGAAAUUGUGAAGCCUGGUGUUGGUCUUGCCUUCCAAGCGUACCCAGAAGUUGCCAGUAAAUUGCCAUUCAAACAAGUUUGGGCAUUUCUUUUCUUCUUGAUGAUUACUAUUCUUGGUUUGGACAGUCAAGGUUUUCUUUUGGUAACCUGCAUCACUUUUUUCAUCAUUGGAAUUCCUAUGGUUACUCAGUCUGGUGCCCAUUGGCUUACUUUGGUGGAUAGUUAUGGUGCUUCUGGUAUGGCUCUUCUUUUUGUUGUUUUCUUUGAAGUUUUUGGCCUUGCUUGGGGAUUUGGUACGCACAGAGUUAGAGAUGCUUUAUUUGAGAUGGUUGGUUUCUAUCCUCCAGGCUGCUUCACUUUUCUCUGGAAAUUUACUGCUCCACUUAGUGCUAUGGUAUGCUAA